AUGGACCACAACACUCGUAUUGCAGAGGCAAUUAUAGAACUGCAAUCCCAAGAUCGCCCUAAAUAUGCAGAGACCGCGAGGAGAUACAAUAUCGACAAAUCCACGCUGUGGCGCCGCUUCAAAGGCAAAACAGCCUCAAAUCACGACGCGAACUCUUACUCGCGACAGAAACUCACCAGCGCGCAGGAGGAGAUUCUUAUUGGGCACGUCAAUAAGCUGACCGACCGUGGUAUCCCGCCUACCCCUCAGAUGUUGAAGAAUAUCGCCGAGGAAAUCGCAGGGACAGAGCUUGGUGUCAACUGGGUGAGCCGCUUCCGCAAGCGACACCAUGACCGUCUUUCGAGCUUGCAUUUCCAAAACUUCUUCAAUCUACUCCGCGAAAAGAUCGAAAAGUACAACAUCAGUCCCUCAAAUGUUUAUAAUUUUGACGAGAAGGGAUUCCAAAUUGGUCUCUCUCGCUCCACCAACCAAGACGGGAACCGGGAGUUCAUCACGCUGAUCGCUGCCAUAUGUGCAGAUUAUUCGUACCUGCCACCGGCCCUCAUUUACAAAGGGGAGUCAAAAGACUUCCAAGAUACUUGGCUUGAGGAUUUUGACCAUUCCAGCGAAGUAGCCUUCUUCGCCACGCAUAUUUGA